AAGCUUUGUGAUCCUUUCCGUCCGUCCUCCUGAGCAGGAGUGUUACUGUAAAUGUGUUUUCUCGUCUCUUUGGGUGUGGAGUUUUUUUUUGUUUACUACCGUCCAUAAUCGUAAUGGUACCAAAGCAGCACAUCUCUGAACCACACCUCCUCACGUAUUGGCACUGACGAGUAUCUUUGGUUUAUUAGUGUUGGUAGCACGUGCAGAAAUCGCUCUGUCGUUGAUGUGAGCCUGUGAAGUGAACGCCUAUCUACUAACAUGCCUAAAGAGACAUGGUACGGCUCUUUAAACCUUUAAAAAAAACCAACAAAAAAAUAAACUAACACCGUGUUUGCUUUUUAUUCUUCUGAGGCUGAAGAAAAAAGUCCCUUCCCCUCAUCUUACAGCAGCAUCCUCAUCUUAACGCCCCGACCUUGGUUCUCCAUAGUGUUUCAGCAUGCACGCUCACAAAGAGGAGGCUGGUUAUUUUCAGAAGUGAUAGCUGGAUUCUUUGGGGCGAGCGAUGAGCGUCGCCCGGCAACAGGAUGCAGGAAUAUAGUGUAGAAUAUGCACACCAGUACAUGUAGCACUCCGCCCUCAUCUCAUGGCACUAGAGAGACGAACGACCUCCGAGGUGGCGCUAGACGUUGGAUCCAGGCGGGGCUCGUUUAGGCGUUCUUUUCGUAACAGAUGUUGAAUGUACGCUUGGCCUCCGGUGAGAGGAGGGUUCGUAACUCAGUGACCGCUCCGUGGAGCUCCUGACAGCACUCGUGUUUCACGUUGGUGCCACUUUGGAUCAUGCAGCUGUGUUUUGUUAACUCUGUCUAGCUUAUUUGAUGUGUGUAUAUUGUGCUGUUUAUAGUGUUUGUGCGUGUAUUCUAGCACAGGGGUGUCAAACUCAUUUUAGAUUCUGGGUCCAGUUUUUCUUGAUGCUGUUCCUUACAAACGUGUAAAGAAAGCAGAUUUUUGCCUUUUUAUUUGGUGUGAAGAACUUUAAACUCUUAAAGAAAUCAGUCUGUAAAAUAAGAAAGUACCAGCUGAUCAUUGCCUGGACUUUGAUCUGUAAUGAAAACAGAAACUUUUAGUUAAUUCCCAGAAUUUUACUUUUUCUUCUUUUUGCGCAGUGGAAAAAAAUGCACAUUUUCCCAGGAUUCCUCCUGGAUCAGAAUGGGAUUUUUAGGUGGUGACGAUGCAUGUAAGCACAAUUACUCUUCAUACACUAAAGGCAAUAAGAAGUCUAUGCUACCUUACUUAACAAAUCUCUCUUUCCUUGUUAUUUCAGUCAUUUCAUGAAAAGAGGGGAGGGAUUUAAAAUAUGUUCUUUUUUUUAGGGAAAGUGGUGUCAAAUUGUUUUAUAUUUAGGAAAAACCCUCCUUACUUUAUAGGCACAGUUUAGUUUGGAGGGGCAGAACUAGCUUUAAAAGUGACCUCUGGCUCAGAGGAACUGGACGAGUCAGACUCUACUUUCUUAAGCACAAAACGCAGUCCAAGCUGUAAAGCUUCUUUUAAUCUUCACAUUAUGUUUGACACCUCUGAUCUAGUAGAUUUGUACUAGGGAGUAACAUUGUUGGUGCACAACCUAUCAGCAAACCGACAAAUUGUAAUUCUUUCAUGACAUUCAGGUGUGAGGAUUUUGGCUUAAAGGGAAUUUAAGACACUUUUUACGAUGUUUGUUUUAUUUCUUUAGUGAUCAUAAAUGCAGCCAGGAGGGAGAUUUUUCUGCAGAUCAUGAGUACAUUUAUUUUUAUUUAAUUUGAGAGCGUUGCAGAAUGAUGUGCCGGCACAGGGGUGGAUCAGAUAUCUGGAACAGAAGUGUUGUGCAGCAACAUCACAAACUCAGUCCUCACAGUUGGAUUAUCUGAGCUCACAGAGGAUGUGUGGGUGUGUUUGUGUGUUGCUGGCGUGUUGGUGUGGUCCGACUCUGUAGCACAGAGUUAUUACCUUUUCUUGGAUUUCUUCUCAUUUUCAGAAAACAGCCAGCAACAUUUAUUCCAGCAUUUCUUCUAUUUCCUUUCCUGAGCCCGGUCGUGUGUGUGACUCUGUUUUUGAGGUGUCAGGGAUAAGUUACAUUUAUGUGUUUAUGCAGUAGCUGCCAUUCAUCUGUAAGGCGCUUUUUACUGGAGGUGAGUAGGAGCUCAGUGUCAGAGCUGUGUUUGUAAAGAUGUAUUACAUACAAGAAACAUUGAAAUAUACCUUUGGUGGAGGAAAUGAGUGGGAUUUCUGCUAUUAUGUCCUUAUUAAAUGUGAAAACUGAAGCCCUGUGGGUAUGUUUGUGCACACAUGUAGCCUUUAGUCCGCAGACUGAGUAGAAACACUGGCUCUGCUUUAAGUUAAAUGUGUGUGCUGAGUAUCGACAGGUGGGCCUCUCUGGACUGUCCCAUAUACACUAUUGUAUAGAAACUCAUUUUAUAUUCAUUUUCCCAAGUGCAAUGAAGAGUUUGUUUGCAUGUGUGUGUUGUGUCUCAGUAACAUGUAGCCAUCCAGAAACAUCUGCUCUCUUUUCACUCCGAGCCCUGCCUCCAGACCGCAGAGCAUUUAGUUCAAAACGUUUCGCGUGACGAAAACCAAAAUGCUCUCCGGCGGAGCGUUUAGACGACUGGCAUCGACAUUGGGGCAGGUUUUAUUUUAUUUUCCUGGUGGUGGUAAAAUUGCACUAUUUCUGGGAAAUUUUAUAACCUUUCUUUAUAUUAUGCAAUCUUUGUAAGAUUAUUUGUGCACUGACUUUAUUUUUUAAAAGACUGUGGUUUAGCUGUGUGCCGUAUUUUCCUCCUAUCGCGCCCCUUUGUUUGAAUGGACACUCGUCCCUCUAUGGUCUCUACUCGACCUUUUCAUGAUUAAAUGUUACUGUAUAAUAUUUCUUGGCCUUUUGUUUGUUUUUGGUUUAUUUGUAACAGACCAUCCAGCCAGAGACAGUUUGGUGGAUUGUGGAGAUUUUUAGAGCGAUGCACCAAAGGCAGACAGUGCGGAGAACUGUGCACGUGUCGAGCAGCUCCUCAUUUCUUCAUAUUUCGCAAACAUGUGGAAAUAUAGUGUACGAGGCAAAAAGAGUUUAUACAAGUAUAAUUAGCUAGAAAAUGAAUGUUUGUGUCACCAGAUUUAUUCUUUUACAGUCUGAACUCUGAGGCAGCUUUCUGUUGUUUCUUUCUGGAAUAAUUCUCCAAACUUUAAAGGACAUCUGUCUCCUUGGAAGCACAAUAUAAAGAAAUGAGGGUUGGCUCAAGACGUUUGCACAUCAGUUUAUUUCAUAGCAAAAGAUCACACACUUGCAACAAAGUUUAUAAACUCAGGAGUUCAAUUAUUCUUUUUUUUUAGCUAUGCACCUGAGUUGGUUUCUUUCACAGCGUCACCAAACAGCAGGUAGCACUGAAUCCUGACUGUAUCUAAAAGAUGGAAGUCGUACCCAUGAUGUCACUCGCUGUUUUUGGACUUUGUAUUUUGAAGCCUAAAUAUUACUGAUUUGGCUGCCACUGAAUUAGGGUUCUUGGAGAAGUUAUCAUAUUUAAGUGGUGUGUUAAAUUAGCAGCCAGCGGUGGUGUUAAUGCACAGACACAGUUACCUGGUGGUUUAUUAGCAACAGACUAAUAAAAUACUAUGAAUUUCAGUCACCAAGACAGAUUAAUGAGCUUCUUUUGUGGUUAUUAUUUGUCUGAUAAUUCCAUUAAAAUGCUCCAGAAGGGACCAGCACCACAUUUCAGUGAGGUGAUGAAUAGCAGACAGAUGUGUCCUGUCACAGGCAGCUAUAGCAUAACACUGUCAGACCAGCCAUGUCCCCAACUUUGAGUCUCACCAUUAUCCAGAUCAGCACAGGCUGUCUCGCUCCCACCUUCAACACACAGUCAGCAAAGUGGUCCACUGAGGAUGCCACAGAACACCAGAGGAGCUCUGAGAGGAUGCUUUUUACUGACUAUACAGCACUAUCAUCCUGGACAUCCCAUCAUCACAUUCGCCUGUGAUACAACGACUGACUCUGCCUACAGAGAUUUUGAGAUUGGAAAACAAUGGAGCAGCGGUGCAGACCUGGCCCCCUCUGCAUCAGUGGUGCCAACCUUCAAAUUCCUUGGUACCUUCAUCUCCCUCAGCACGGCCAAACAUGUUUUCUGGCAAACGCUACAGACCGCUGAGACCAAGAACAAACAGAACACCAGCACCACAGUGACCCUCAAGACGCACCCAGGGACUCUGAUCACAACCAAGACCAAUAUUCUAAUUACUGAAACAAAAACCACUGUGAAACACAUCAUCAGUAAUGCUCCUUCGCCUAGCAUGAUUGCAUCUUACAUCAUUACCUUAUUCUAUUAGUUCACACCCAUUCAUCUUAGAGAUGUCACCUAAAGGAACAGUAAAGUAUUUUUGUGCAGAUAUAUUAAUACUUUUAAACUAAGAUUAAUUGUGAAAUUAAUCUGGAAUAGAAAAGUUAUCCUGUUUAGAACUCGAUUCUAUUACUUAUUUAAAAUUACAAUAAUAAUAAUAACAUAUCGGAUUCAUGUUUACACGUCUCCAGUUAUAACGCAUGAUGUCAUCUGUAGACGCGGGACCCGAGCAGCAGUGACGUGUAAGUGUGCGACUGUGAUCUUUUGUGCUGACUCCGAAGGAGCCUGCAGUUUAUUGUGAAGCAGAAAAUAUCUGCGGACACCAUGAAUGGAGCGGAUUAUCUGCAGCAGCACAGCGCCGAGAGUCUGUCCUUCGAAGAGAUGCAGCAGAUUAACCCGCUCGGAGUCCAUCAGCAGCAGAAAGACGAGGGCAGCCAAACCUCCGAAGUUCAGCAGCUGCUGGAGAUGAAAGAGGAUCACCCUGAAUGGAGCCUCGGUCUGGACCAGCAGGACCGAGAGUCUCUGCAGAUAAAGGAGGAACAGGAAGAACUCUGGACCAAUCAGGAGGGAGAGCAGCAUAAUGGAUUGAAGGUGACUGAUGUCACCACUUUCCCAUUCACUAUUGUUACUGUAAAGAGUGAAGAUGAUGAUAAAGAGAAGUCUCAGUCUUUGCAGCUUCAUCAAAGCCAAACUGAAGACAACAGUGAGAUGGAGCCUCUGACCAGCAGCCCAGCUAAACAGGUAAAAACAGAGCCUGAUGAAGAGGACUGUGGAGGACCAGAAUCAGAAGGGAACCUUGAUACACAUAUUUAUUUACAACCAAAAACUGAUGUAAAGGCUUCAGACUCUUCUGAGACUGAAGUGAGUAAUGAUGAUGAUGACUGGAAGGAGCCUGUAUCAGAUUCUGGACCUAAAACCAGACACAGUGAUGAUGUUUGGAAGGUGUGCCGACAGCGCCAACAAGUCUACAGCCAGUCACCAAACAUGAUGCAAAAAAACAUGUCAAGAUUCAGCAUCCCGCCAAUGGAAAGGAGGACUGCACGUAGAUCCAUGAAAGGAAGAGGGAGAUGGCAGAAGUGCCUACCUGCCAGUUCCAGUUCGGACAUCACUCUUGCAACCUCUCAAUACCAGAAGGACUCGGACGAAAACAGUGACCCCUCACUGUCACUCAUUGCCAACAUGCCACACACAAUGCUGGAGCCGGGCUCGUCAGCCAGCCUGCACGGACGUGUUGGCCACAGAGUUGUGACCGGGGAGCCAGAGUUGGAGAUAGAAGAUGAAAAGCCAAUGGUGUCGCAUUGGCCCGGGGUCAAGAAGAGGAUCCGGAUGGAGCCAGAGGCGACUCUCUCGCCCGAACAGGAAGACCACCUCGUAGAGUGGUUUGCAGCUCACCCGUUCUUCUACGACCAGACAGCACGCGACUUCAAGGACAAGCGCAGGCGAGAGCAGCUGCUGGAUCAGAAGGCCGAGGAGCUAGGAGUUACCGGGAACUUCCUCUGGGGGUGGUUCCGCAACAUGCGGACCGUCUAUGGUAAACUAAGGAAGAAGAAGAAUGAGCAAGCAACACGACCACUGACAGCCAGGCAGCGGUGGACUUCAGAUAUGUUCAAAUUCUUGGACAAGCACAUGACCAUCCGCCGGAGCAGCCUGGGAAAGCUUCAAGGGGCACAGUCCACCAAUACCGGAGUGGAAGAGGAGGAGGAGGAAGAGGAAGAAGAAGAAGGAGACGAAGAGCCUGCGAGGUCAUCAAGUCGUCCUGGGUCUCCGUCUCCUGUUCCCUCCAGUCAAACCCCAAAGUUAAAGGGCAAGAAGGCCAAGCUCGCCAGCCGCUGCGUCAACAAGGCAGUUCUUCAAAUCCCAAACAGCAUGUCCUCACUGCAGACGGCUAUGAGGUCCCUGCAGGUAGCUAUGGAGUCCCUGCAGGCAGCCGUUGGGGGGUUGAGCAACAACCGAGUCAUGUACUGUCAAUACCUGAGCACCGAGGUGGGCAUGCUCACAGAGGAACAGUGGUCAAUGUUUCAGCAGGAGACUAUGGGGAUGCUUAUUCGUUUCCGUACUGCCCGUCAGCAGCGGCAGCAGUCCGCAGUUCCAGUCCUCCUCCCUCCGGGCUCCAUGGAGUCGAUUCCAGGCCCGAGCAGCACUCUGCUCAGUAGUUCCUAUUUCCAGUCCCGGCCAGCACCGCCCCAGUAGCCUCUGUCCCAGCAAAUUAAUUUUUUUAUUGAAUUUGUGAAUUAUUUCACAAUUUAUUUACUGAUCAUAGUUGAGUGUUUAUGUUAAUAAACAAUCAUGUUUCACUGGUACUUACUUCUUGAUUCCUUGUAUCACAGUAGUAAAACUUGUGCCUUACAGCUGCAAGACAUUUUAAUUGGCGCAAAUUUUACUUUGAGGCGGAGAGUCUCAGUUUCUUGUCGGUGUUAUGUGUAAACUUGAAAAAUAGAAAAAGCAGAUGUUUCUCAUUAUAUUGUACUUUAUACAUGGACCAUUGUGACCUUUAAAUUCUUAUAUUCUAAAUUUGAAAUUAAAAUUUCAAUUUCUUUUCA